UUGAGUUUGCUCUACCGACAGUGCUCGUUCCUGCAUCUAAUGAUCUGUUAGUUUUACCCACAGCCAUAAACAAACACGCCCUUCUUCCUCUCUCUCUCUCUCUCUCCCUGAGCCUGAAAAUGUAGAGACCAAAUCGACCGAGAGAGAGGAGAAGACAACCAUUUGCUCUCUUCAUCUUCACUCUACUUCCCCAAGAAACAGACUACAAUCUUUGCAGUAUAAUUAUGGGUAGCCUUGCACUCGAUUCUGAAAGUGAGAAUUCGGACAUAUACUCCGAUUUAGGGCUUAAAGAGUUGGGCAAAGGAGUUUCAGGAAGUCCACGAAUUUUAUCUCUUCUUUCUUCAUUACUUGAGAGAUGUGUCCAGAAAAAUGAAAAGCUACUUGAGACGAUGCAAAUUCAAGAUGUUGCUACUGUAUUUCAUGGUUUAAGAGCUCCAACUAUCAGUAUUCAGCAAUAUGUUGAUCGAAUCUUCAAGUACUCUGGCUGCAGUCCCUCCUGCUUUGUUGUUGCCCAAAUCUAUGUGGAUAGAUUCCUUCAGCAAACUGAUGUUCAUCUCACUUCCCUUAAUAUUCACCGGCUUCUUAUAACAAGUGUGAUGUUAGCAGCCAAAGUUUUUGAUGAUGCAUUUUUCAAUAAUGCAUAUUAUGCGAGAGUUGGAGGAGUAACGACUGCAGAGUUGAACAGAUUGGAGAUGACAUUUUUGUUUAGCCUGGAUUUUAGGCUACAAGUAAAUGUGAGAACAUUUCAGAGAUACUGUUGUCAGUUGGACAAAGCGACGACCGAAGGUCUGCAGAUUGAAAGGCCAAUCCAAGCCUGUAGAAUCAAGGAAAGUUGGUCGAGUAAAGGUGAUUCCACCUGUGCUCCAACAACUGCAAGAUGAGAGGACGCAAACCAUCUCCGUGUAAAAUAAAACCCAUUUUCGCUUAAAUUCAGUCAGAUUAGAAUUUGUUGAUGUUACAUAUAAUCUUUUUAGUGACAAGUAGUGAAAUGUUGAUGAAGAGAGAGCAGGCUUUGGUUAUUUUUCUUGGACAAGAUUCUCUGUAGAUUUUGUGUUGUAUUUGUUUCAUCAUUGUUUGAUAGUGUGUCUUUGUUCAGGUAUUCCAGCUUUUCAUGCCUUUUAGCAAUUAGCCCUUAUGGUUUGGAUGUUUUCCUUUUGUGUAAAAGCAAAAAUAUAUAGAGGCUAUCGCCAUGACUAUUGGUUGUUCCUG